AUGCACGAAGAAGAAAACCGGAGACCGUUACUAUCGCGUUCUCUGCCUGGUGAACAUACUGUCCCAAAUAGUCUACCAGCUUCUUUAUCUACCACAACAAAUAUUAAUUUAGCAGUUCAACCUCAACAACAAAGACAAGCUAAUACAUCUAAUACAAAUACCUUCUCAAAUAUUUCUUCGUCAUCGCCAACUCGUAGAAGUCUUUCUACCUCCAAUUCAAGUCAAAGUUUACUCAAGAAGUCUCUUUCAAUAAAACCUCGUGCUCAAUCAAAUCUUUACCCAGCUGCUACAAAUUCUCCUACUACUAAUAAUAACAGUAGUAGUAGUAACUCACCUUUAUACUCUCCCUCAACGCCUACUACUACUACCACUGAAAGUGAUACAAGUAAUAGGUCUUCUUUUGAAGACUUUGAUUAUUCUUCGCCUGGAACUGGUUCAAUCUCUAGUAGUAGCUCUUUAAACUCUCCUCUCUUUGCUUCAUCCACUUCUGAUACUUCAACAACAAAUUUCCCUUUUUAUACGAGGGAAAGGCAUCAAUCUUUAGUAGUUUUUUCUGGAAGAUCAAGUAAUAUAACUACUUCUUUACAAGGAAAUCAAGUUUUCCCUCAACCAACAACUACCACCUCAGCACCAACAAAUUCGACAAUAGGUUAUACAUGUCAUCAACUCAAUUCAAACUCUUCCUCAGCUUCACAGCCACAAUUUUCUUCUCCGCAGUCUCUUUUCUAUUCUCACCACCCCCAACAACAACUUUUUCCAAUUUCGCCAGGUUUAGGAUCUGCUGGUGGUGGUGAUGAUGAUAUAUCUACUACUACUUCUACUUCAUUAUGUCAACAAAAAACAACUAAACCCAUGCAGCGUCGUCCCAGCGGUGCUAGUUCACAACUCAAACGUUUGUUGAAUUUGAAAUCCGAAAAUUAUCCUUCAAAUCCUAAUUCAUUAUAUUCAGAUUCUGAAACUGAUUCGAUAGAAACCGACUCUGAUGCUUAUGUUACAAAUGAUGAACAAUCUUCUCUUGUUUUAUCUUCUUCAAUGAAAAGAAGGCCUUCUUUUCAAAGAUCUCCUACUCACAGAUUUUUUCCCGACUUAUCUGUUGAUGCUGAAGAAAAUCAUUUAAGUAAUUUACAUAUUAUUGAUGAAGGUUCUCCCGAAUUCACUUUUCCUAAAGUGAAACGAAAACUAUUAAAAGAUCUUGAAGAAACAAAAUGUCGUGCUGAUAAAAGUAUUAUGCAAAUCUUGGAAACUUGGUAUCAAUCUUAUCAGUAUCAAGAAUUAUUAAGUGAACUCUUUUAUGAUGGUUGGAGUGAUGAUGAUGACAAGCAAUCUUCUCCUAUAGCUGUUCGUAGAAGUAACUCUCAAAGAACUUUAAGUAAAUCUGCUACAUCUUUACCAUCAAAUCAUAAAAAGUUACUAACUCCAUCAAUAUCACCAACAACAUAUGCGCAAUAUAAUAAUAACAAUAAACAAAUUACUCAUAAAAUGGAAUCAAUAUCUUUACAUGGUGAUACUAAACCUAAAGAUAUUAUUUUUCAAAGAAAAGCGUCCGAAAGAAGAUUAAUUCAUUCUAAUAGUUGGCCUCAAUCUAUUUUGGCUUCAUCACAUACGCUCUUAUUGACUCGAAUUGAUCGAAUAGCCCGUCGUAUUUUAAAGACGGUAGUUCAUGAUUUAUUGAAUUUCAAUGUUGCGGUAGAAAUCAUGAAGGAAUUACAGGAACUUAUGAAAGCACAAAGAAAUAUGGCUGUAGGUAAUGCAGAUGCUGAAGAGCUUUUGACAAAGUUAGUUUAUGUCUUUGCAGAUGUAACGAGAGCUGUAGAAGCAGUGAAUCAUUCAUUUACCGAAACAAAUCCAGAAUUAUCUGGAGACGGCGGUAAUAAAGAUGAUAUGCCAACUACAGAGAAAAGAAAAUCUUUGACAAGCGGUGAAAUGGAUAGUAAGCUUAAUUCACUAUUACCGCCGCAGCCUGCGUUUAGUUCACCACUUGCGCGUCAUGUGUCUACUCCAAUUAAAACACAACAUUCAUCAUUCAAAGUUUCACUUGAACAAAGACGUGCAUCAGCAAACGAAGCCAUAUUUGAAAGCCCUAUAAUGUAUGUACCUCCACCACGUCCAUGCAUGGACGAUAAUCUAUUAACUUGGAGCAGUUUAACCAGAAAACAAGUUGAUCAGUUACUUCAUGAGGAGAUGAAUAGAGAAAUUGAUUUUGGUAUUAUACUUAAAAAACAACAAGAAGAUAUUGACCCUGAAUCAAAGAAGAAGGCCAAAAAGUCGAGACCAGUCAUGAACUUUUUAAAGUCUUUGAAGAAUGCAUUUCAUAGUCCGACAUCGUCAACAAGUGUGUCACCUACAGGAUCUCCGACUAGAUCAAUGGUUCAACCCAGUCCGAUGCGUAAUACACAUUUACCUAAACCACCACAGCCAGAAAAAUCUAGAUCGCUCUCUUUCGAUUCGCAAGCAUUUACAUUAUCACGACGUAGUUCUUCAAUUGUACCUAAUACAAUUAAUUCUGGAUUUUCAAUGUAUGAUUAUAUACUUUGUCGUAUUUGUGAAGAAAUGAUACCAAGUCAUGAAUUGGAUGCACAUUCCGAAAUUUGCGUUGUCACCACCGAUUAUGCAAUUAAAUUGCAAGAAUGUGAUGGUAGAUUACGUAGGUUAGUGAGUGAUGUAGCUAAAAGAAAGGCCGAGAUACUGGUAAGGAUUCGUUGUGUAAAAGAUGCUGAAAUGAUGGAGGAAAUUGGUUUAAAGUAA